GCUGCUUCCAUCAACUCAUCACAUAGAGAAUGCUGAGCAAAUGGUUCAUAGGAGACGCGCCCUGCCUGUGUGCGGUUUAAAGCCAUAGCCUGCGCUACGAUAUAGAAUUGAACUUUGUCUCGAGGUUAACACGGUGUCGGUCCUUACUACCUCAAUGUGCAAAGGUCGGAAAAGUAAUCCUAUAAUAGGAUAAGCGCUAUUAUUUUUGUUUACUUUGAUGCUCAAUAUAGGUUUCUAAGACUUGGUCUCGUAAGGAAAGGGGUACUCUACUAGUCUUUAAGAUGAACUUCGCUCUGGAGACGCUACAGGUGCUGGUCUUGUCUAUAUAUUAUAACUUGGAGGCACUUGUAAAACUCGUCAUCCCUUCGCGGAAGAAGAGCGUUGCGGGAGAAACUAUCCUCAUCACGGGGGCGGGUAGCGGCAUCGGCAGGCUGAUGGCGCUUGAGUUCGCCUCCAUGGGCGUAACGCUGGUGCUGUGGGACAUUAGCCAGGAUGGCAACAAGGAAACGGUUCGACUGGUGAAGCAAAAGGGCGCUGCCAGGGUCCACUCAUACAUCUGUGACUGCAGCAACAAGGCAGAGGUGUACUCGGUGGCUGACCAGGUGAAAAGGGAAGUGGGAGACGUGACAAUCCUGAUAAACAAUGCAGGCAUUGUCACAGGGACGAAGUUCAUGAAUGCUCCCGACAGCCUGAUUGAGAAGUCUAUGGAGGUCAACUCCAAUGCUCACUUCUGGACUUACAAGGCAUUUCUCCCUGCAAUGAUAGCCAGUAACCAUGGUCACCUGGUGAGCAUCGCCAGCUCUGCUGGACUGAUUGGAGUCAACGGCCUGGCAGAUUACUGUGCCAGUAAGUUUGCGGCUGUGGGCUUUGCUGAGUCUGUGGCGCUGGAGCUGCUAGCGACAAAGAAAAACGGAGUGAAGACCACCAUCGUGUGUCCCUUCUUCAUUAACACGGGGAUGUUUGACGGCGCUAUCACCAAAUGGCCCGUUCUCAUGCCCAUCCUGGAACCUGACUAUGUGGCCAAAAGGAUCGUCUGUGCUAUCCAAACUGACCAAGUGUACCUGUAUAUGCCUCGGAUCCUCUACCUCGUCCUCGCCCUCAAGAACAUUUUGCCCACUAAGAUGGGGCUCCUCUUGGGAGACUACCUGGGGGCAUUCAAUUUCAUGGAUGCAUUCAAAGGCCAUGGGAAAAAGGACUGAAGCAUUCAAUAAGUGCUGGGGGGGGGGGGGGGGGGGGUCUCAAUCCAUUUCCCGCAUGAAGUGCUACAGUUUACAACCCUUUGCGAAUCUAGACUACAUUUUAAUAAGCUUUUCUGACUUUUAUAAUGGAAGUAAUAUGCAUAUCCUACAUACCAGUGGCUAACUGCCUAUACAUGUACAUAUAUGAAAUUCACCGUAGAAUUUAAUUGUUAGUGCACAAAUAAGUAUCGCCUCUGAAGGAUGUUUUAAAGAGCCAUUGACAGUAUACAGAGAUGAUGCACUCGUAUGAAACUAUGGUUACUAAUUCUACCAUAUAUGUUGUUACCUUUUGUUUUACUAUUGUGUGGGAAUACAGUAUGAAGUAAAUGUCUGUUCUUUUACGUCCAAUGAGAUUUCUGUCCUGAGAGUCACUUGAAAUGUAUUCAUUUACAAAAGCUACUGCUUUAAAGUGGUUGUUGAAUGAUUUCUUGCUUUAUGUAUUUUAAUCGAAGUAUAUGCAUUGUUAGCCUUAAUUAUAUUAUAGUCUUAUUAUGUAGCUUGUUCAAAAGUAUCCGCAUCAAAAAUGUAGUUGGGAUAUAUUGCCAUGGCAGUAAAGCUGCUAAGAAACUUUAAUAAUAUGCCAAAGUACACUUUGAAGGUUGCUGAUGUUUCAACUCGUUAUUUGAUAGUAUGAAAUUAUGGACAUAUCAUCAUUAUUCAUUUACAGGUGCAGCCAUGGUUAUCUUUUCAGAUAAUCCCAAUCGUAUAUCAUGUCUUAAUGAUUUACCAUGUAUACCUCAUAUUAAUCUUUGCUUGCUGGAAAGUUAAAUGUUUGGAAAGCUUUACAACUGUCUGAUCGCAUAAUAAAAUACAUGAUCUCAAAUUAA